CAUUAUUUAAAAAUACAAUUUGUUGAUCAAAAAUUCUAAAAGAAUAUAUAUCAACAAAAAAUAUUUUGAUCCUAAUUUCUAAAUCACAAUCUUAAAUAUUCAUUAUUAUUCUAAAAAAAUGAUUACUUUCCUAAAAUAUCAAUUUAAUAAAGUAUAUUUAAAAAAUACAACUUAAUGAACAAAUAUUCUAAAAGAAAUACUCAUCAUUUUAAAAAUUCUUGCAUCCUUAUUUCUUAAUCACAAUCUCAAUUCUACAAUGGUUCUCUAUAAAAUGAUAACUUUUCAAAAAUAGCUUUUUCAAAAAAAUAUUUAAAAUAUACUAAAUGUUGAUAAAAAAUUUAAAAGAAUACUCAUCUAUCAAAAAUAAUUCUUGUUAUCCUAAUUUCUAAAUCACAAUCCUAAAUCUAGAAUAGUUCUCUAUAAAACAAUAACUUUCCAAAAAUAGCAUUUUUAAAUCGAUUAUUUUAAAUCUACAACAUAUUGAUCAAAAGUUUUAAAAGAAUACUCAUCUAUCAAAAACAAUUCUUGUUAUCCUAAUUUCUGAAUCAUAAUCCCAAAUCUACAAUAUUUCUCUUUAAAAAUGAUAAUUUUUCUAAAAUAUCAUUUUUUAAAGUUUAUUCAAAAAAUACAUUUUAUUAAUUAAAAAAUUUAAAAGAAUACUCAUCUAUCAACAAUAUUCUCUUAAAUCUGCACGAGUUGUUUCCAAAAAUAAAAUAACAAUUAUUAUGUUUAAAUAGUUUUUAAUAUCUAAAACAGCUAAGCAAGUAUAUAUGUCACUUUACCAAAAAAAAAAAGAGUAUAUAUGUCAUCUUAUAGGCUUUUUGGCAACUCUUUUUGUUCGAAUUAAUAAUAAACAAACAAAACAAACUGUACUUGUCUUCUUUAAGAGAUUCCUAUUUUUUUCCUUAAAAAACUGUCGGAAUAUUCUCUUCUUUUUUUACAAAGUGAACUUAGAUUACUUGUUAUCCAAGGCCCAACUAAUAGGUUUCCAUAAAUGGAAAGUAGCAAUGAAUUACUAUUCUUUUUCUAGAAGAAUGCGAAUCAUCUUCGCCAAGUUUCAACGUUGGUUCUCUCUUUUAACCUCCGUGAUCGUCACCUUUUACAUUUAUAUACCACUAACGAGAAUCCUCAACCCAAUUGUAUUGUUCUCUUCUUUGGUGAAGAUCCUUCGGUGCCCACCAUUUUAUCAAAUUCCCCAUCUAAAAAAAGAUCUCCGUCUUAACUUGGUGUCUCACUCUCUUACCUCUUUUGAUUUGUAUAGUCGACUCAACUCCUACAAAAAUGGGUUGCCUUUUGUUGGAUUGACGGUUUUUCCUCCUCCUUCUCCAUUCAAAAGUAGUCUCUUUUGUCAUCUUCGUGGAGAGACAGAGAGAGAUAGUUUGUCUGGUUAAUUUGAUCGUUGUUAUGUCUAGUCCCAAGAGUAACAAACCGAAGAUCGUCAACGGUCCUGGGGGUUAUAUACUACAGGACGUUCCUCAUCUCAUUGAUUAUCUUCCUGAUCUCCCUACGUAUCCGAAUCCAUUACAAGACAAUCCAGCUUACUCAGUUGUUAAGCAAUACUUUGUUGAUUCAGAUGAUAGUGUUCCUGAGAAGAUUGUAGUGCACAAGGAUGGUCCAAGAGGAAUCCAUUUCAGACGCGCCGGUCCACGCCAAAAGGUUUACUUCGACUCCGACGAAGUCCACGCUUGCAUUGUCACAUGCGGAGGUCUCUGUCCCGGUCUCAACACCGUCAUUAGAGAAAUCGUCAGCAGCUUAUCAUGCAUGUACGGUGUAAACAGAAUCCUCGGAAUCGAUGGUGGAUACAGAGGAUUCUACGCCAAGAACACUAUCCCCUUAGACUCCAAAGUCGUCAACGACAUCCACAAACGCGGAGGAACAAUCCUCGGGACCUCUCGAGGUGGACACGAUACCGCAAAGAUAGUUGAUAGCAUCCAAGACCGAGGAAUCAAUCAGGUUUACAUUAUUGGCGGAGACGGAACACAAAGAGGAGCUUCAGUAAUCUUUGAGGAGAUUAGAAGGCGUGGACUCAAAGUUGCUGUGGUUGGAAUACCGAAGACGAUUGAUGACGACAUACCGGUGAUUGAUAGAUCUUUUGGGUUUGAUACUGCUGUGGAGGAAGCUCAGCGAGCCAUCAACGCAGCACAUGUUGAAGCUGAGAGUAAUGAGAAUGGUAUUGGUUUUGUUAAGCUCAUGGGUCGUUACAGUGGAUUCAUAGCGAUGUAUGCUACAUUAGCAAGCAGAGAUGUGGAUUGCUGCUUGAUUCCGGAGUCACCGUUUUACCUUGAAGGAGAAGGUGGACUGUUGGAGUUUAUAGAGAGACGGCUUAAGGAGAAUGGUCACAUGGUGAUUGUUCUUGCUGAAGGAGCGGGACAAGAAUUGAUGUCCAAAAGCAUGGAGUCUAAUGCUCUUGAAGAUGCGUCUGGUAACAAGCUUCUUAAAGAUGUUGGCUUGUGGCUAUCACAAAGCAUCAAGGAUCAUUUCAAGAAGAAUAAGAUGGAGAUGAAUCUCAAAUACAUAGACCCUACAUACAUGAUCCGGGCUGUUCCGAGCAAUGCAUCAGACAAUGUUUACUGUUCACUUCUUGCUCAAAGUGCGGUUCACGGUGCAAUGGCUGGAUACACUGGCUACACAAGUGGUCUUGUCAAUGGAAGACAGACAUACAUCCCUUACUACAGAAUAACAGAGAAACAGAACCAUGUGGUGAUUACUGAUAGAAUGUGGGCAAGGCUGUUGUCUUCUACAAAUCAGCCAAGCUUCUUGGGCCCUAAGGAUAUACCUGAGGAGAAGAAAGAGCUUCCGGUGACGCCACUUCCUGACGGCGAAAAGUGUGACGCAGUUGUGGAUAUUCCUCCGGUGACUAAAGAGGUCACCAAGUGAAAGUAAAAAAAGCUUUCAGGUAUAUAUAUAUUCAGGCCUUCCUGGAAACGAAAGUGAAAUAAUUAUUUCUUGCGACGGUUUUGCUCUUCAGUGCGAAACACAACUUUUUAGUUUCUUUUAGAUGUUUAGUUUUGUAACAUAUUUUUGCACCUUUCAUAUCUUAUGGUUAUGAGUGAAUGAGGUAAUAUUUUUUGGUGUGAUGUACAAUACAAUUGUUACUGCCUAUUAAGUAAAGAAAAGCUUACCCUAAAUACACGUAGCAAAUUAAAAGAGAUUUUUUUACAUUCUA